AAUUGUCAUCGUAAUGUCAAUGGUAAACCAUAACCUACGGGGUUAUUGAAUUAAAAAAAAAUAGUCAUUCAAUAAUUUAUUUGGAGUUUAGAGAAUUAAAAAAUGGCAUUUAAUUUUCCAGCAUUUGCAUAUAUAAUUGCUCUUGUUGUAGAUGCAUUUUUAAUAUUCUUUUCUCUCUUCCACGUAAUAGCUUUUGAUGAACUAAAAACUGAUUAUAAAAAUCCAAUUGAUCAAUGUAAUAGUCUAAACCCGCUAGUAUUACCGGAAUAUUUACUUCAUUUAAUUUUCAAUAUUCUUUUUGCUGCUUCUGGAGAAUGGUUCUCCUUAUUCCUGAACAUUCCCUUAAUAGCCUACCACAUCAACAGAUAUCGCACAAGACCUGUGAUGUCAGGUUAUGGUAUAUAUGAUCCCACAAGUAUCAUGAAUGCAGAUGUACUUACAAGGUGUCAAAGAGAAGGAUGGAUCAAAUUGGCUUUCUACUUAUUAAGCUUUUUCUACUACCUCUACGGAAUGAUAUACGUUUUAAUUUCCAACUGAGAAUUGACGGCCAGCUCGACCGUAAAUCAAGAAAUGUUCGUUAAUUUAUAAAAACAAAAAAAAACAAAUACAAAGACAGUUGGGAAUUCGGUUCUCGAUAUUAUGCCGAUUUUUUUUCUGACGAUGAAAGACUUGUUGGAGGAAUAGAAAUGCAUAAUUUGAAGAACUGGCCCCAAUAAACCACCAGGUAUGCUGGAAACGUACUUUAAUUUUUUUUUGUCGUUUGUGAUUGUAUGUUUUGUUUAAACUUACUAUUAGAUAUUAUAGAAUUUACUGCACUAUUAUAAUAUAAUAAAUAAUUUAUAUUCAUUUUGUAAUAUAAAAUAUUUUAAUUGAAAUAGAAUUUAAAAA